AAUAUGCAUCAACGGAAAUAUUACACGAAGCCGGCGAAAAACAGAUCUUAGUAUUGAAAUUAAAUACAUGGAAGUACAAAAAACCGCAAUUAUCAAUCUACAAAUAGACUAAGAUCGAAUUCAAUUCACCAGAACAUUCAGCUAGAAACAUCAUGAAUUGUAACCAAGACGUGCACAAGUUUACCCAUAAAGACUUGCUUCUAAGAAAAUUAACGUACGCAGUAACGUGUAGUGUAGUGUCGCAAAUAGUCAUUUUGAUUUUGUACAUAGUUGCAGUGAAUUCAAACAUUUUUCAUCCAUGGGAAUGGUUGAUGUUGAGUGGGAAAACUCUUAUUUCUUUCAGUACCUUAAUUUUUUUAAUACCUUUUUUGGCGAUCAUAUUCGCACAAAGUAUGAUUUGCGCCAAAGACUAUGUAAUAAAGUCGUCGUACUGUUCAACGAGAUUUCAGAAAUUUGUUGUGACAUUUUCGAUGAGGAAUUGGGUGCUUCUGUUGUUGCAUAUUAUUGUUGGAGCCCUCCUAAUAUGGUUGAUGUUGUCGAUUUCGGGUGGCAGACACCAAAACUUAAUUCAAGCUUGCAAUGGGAACAGAGUAUGUUUAAAUGAAAGUUCUUUUUUUCUAAUAUCCAGCGGCUUGUGGACCGGAUUAUAUUUUUUCAUUAAAGUUUAUAUUGCAGAAAAAAACUUAACAUUUCCAGUCAUACAACAGAGAAAAUUGUUACAAUUCACCUCCCAAUUGAGGUUGCUCCUGAGAGAGUCAAUUUUAUUAUCGUUUUGGCCUGCUUUAUAUUUUUCUAUUUUAUAUUACAUUAGAGGUGAAGAAUUCAGCUCAGGAUUCCGACACUUGUUUAAUUUUUUUCCUUCACAAGAACACCCAGCGGCCUAUAUCUAUGUUGAAUUGUGGUACUUUAGUGCCUUAUACUACUUUACUAUGAACUUGAUGAGAUUCUUCUUCAAUUUGUUUUUAACAGAGCCUGUGGAAUUCCCACUGUUGAAAGAGCAGUCAGGUAGUUUAACUCUUCAAGAGAGCAUUGUAAAUUUCGAUUUGCCGAUAGUACAAAAUCUGGCAUGUCUUGAUUUACACUUACUGGCCGAAUUUUCAUCUACAAGAAGGCAGGUUUUCUUUACUCUAUCUCAACCAGGUGGACAUCCCCACAAUUGGAACUCCUUGUUAGAGAAUAUAUUAAAAUUGAUUGCGGAAUAUACGGAAUUGUUGAACAAGGCAUUUGAUGUUCCAGAAAUGGCAGGGAUUAAGUCUCCAACCGUUCCCACGCCAAUGGCCCCCUCUGAUCGAUUCAGAAAUCUUAGAAACAUGGCAUUAAUCAAUUCACAAGAUUAUGAUUUUAUCUCUGUAACCAAAUCACCCGUGCGAGUUGCAUUUCCUGAGCCCCUCAUUGGAAAAAUUGCUCAGAAAUUGAACAGCAUAUGGAGUAUAAUCAAAACUAUCUUGAGGAUUAACUUUUUAUUUGGAGAGCUGCCGCAGGCGAAUAUUAGAAGAUGUCUUGCAAACGGACAGAUAAUAAUUUGGUGUAGCCAAGGAAUUGCAGACAUAGUGAGCGCUUCGAUUGCGGAGGAUCGUUAUGGGAUUGUGCAAAAAGAUUUGCCCAUAAUUAUCACAAGCCUGGUGGGCCUGAAGCAGAGCUUGGAUAAAUUAAACAAGGUGCCAGCGUUGGCAAGAAAAGUGGCGGGCUAUGAUGAUUUCAAUUGCAAAAUGAAGGGGGCAGUUACAGCGGCCGUGAAACGGAGUUUGUUCAAUAUCUGCCGAACCUUUGGGAAUUACCUUCAGGACAUGUCUUUGCCUAAAGACGUUUUACAGUACUUGCAGUUUCAUAUUGUAUGUAAAAGCUGA